CAGAGAUCGCCAGGUGAAUGCCAAGGUUCCUGCGACAAAGAAGAAGGGCCUGUUGUAUGGCCUCGCGUUUCUCUUGGGCUUUGCUGUCAUCUGGUUAUGGCCAUUUGCACAUCAGGCCUCGAAUCGUGCAAAUGACGCUGCCUUAUUAACUUUGCGCACUCAUUUUACGCCCGUUUCUCCUCGUGCCUUUGACGAUUUUAUAGAUCGUGAGGAAUCAAGAUCAAGCCUGCACAGCAUACUGACAUGGAAAACUGCGUCGGUUGCAUGGUCAUGGAUUCACCCCCAUGCCUUUGCUGCGCUCCUACCUGCCGAGGGAAUAGAUGCGAAACCCGGCCGCGUGUGGAGACUGAUCCCCGAUACGUCUCAAGAGUUUAUGUACAGCUAUAAGUAUGUCCCACCUCCUCCAUCAGGACCCAUAGAAGAGCUCCUCUACUCCCUGUUGUCUCUCUUUCACCCACAACCCUUCUUGGUGUCCAGGUAUGGACCUCGUGGGGCAGCUGCUGUACUGAGAGCCAAGACCUUUGAUAGUCUAGACAUCAUUUUCAGAUUGCAUGCAGAAUACCAGUUAAAUACCCCUCCCAGAAGACCUCUGUGGUUCACUCCAGCUGCUUUUAUGGGCAGGCUGGUUAUCAAUGUGACAGAUUACAGUGUUCAGCAUUUUGUUAUGGAUGUUCCCACUCAACAGCAGCUGAAUGUGGAUCUAGAGUGGCUAAUAGGACCCAAUGAAGAUGAAGACAUGGAAGUGACAAUAACACAUCUUAAACAAAUGCAGCUCUCAGCCGAGGGCUUGUCUGACCCAGAGAGCCUCGUGUGGUCCCAAGAAAUUACUUAUGAAAAAGCUCACGACCUCCUGCAAAAGGAGUUUUAUAGAUAUAAGCAAGUUGAAUACCACAACUUUACUAAAGCUUUCUUCACGGGUAUAAAGGAACACCGCCCGGUACAUACACUUGUCUUGUGGGGUGUUUUGGAGGACCAGUCAUGCUGAGGGUCGGGCAGGGCACUGCGGGAGGGUCCUCUGGCCUCUCCCGUAGUGCAAGCCAUACUUCAAGACAGCUUUGUCUCCUCAUGGGCACUAGUCACUGAGUUAGAAACAUACAGUCAUGAUGAGUCCCUGGCUGGUAUUUCUAGGGCAGCUGGUCUUGCACUUGAUGCGUAUGUUUUCCCAGUUCAAGUGCUGGUUCAGCAUCCCUCAGGGUAUGUCAUUGCGGCCAUAAAUGCCAACGAACUUCUGGAAGCCGAGCUCAAUGAUACUAUGGUUUCUGAAGGAUUUUAUGAUCCAGCAGUCUAUACUUAUUACAAGUUCUUAGAGGAAGGGCUUCAGGAAUUCAGGCAGAUAUUUCAGGAAUAGGGGAUCCAUGUAAGGUUGCUUUAAAUUCUGCUCGAUGAUUUUUUAAAAUGAAAUGUAAUUGACAUGUGGAAAUCUUUAUAACUGAAGUACAUGUUGCCUUUAACAUAGCAGACCCAGGUGUUACAGACAUUGGAUAUCCAAGGGCCUGAAAGUACAGUAAUUCAAGCAGUCUAUCCUGUUUUUAUGUGCGUUAUAGAACCCUCCCUUAUGAAGAUAUUUAUUAUUGUAUCUAAUUGUAUUCUAAUGAUUGGAAAAUGGUCUAUACUCAUCUACUUCCAUUGAGAUAUGGGUAAAUUUUUGGUGUUAAGCUGAAUGUAACAUGUUCAGGUAUCAUAGCUGCAUUUCUUGUGUUUAUCAUCAUCAAUCUGUCAUUUGUCAAGGAAGUAUUGUCACCAACUUGUCAUGGCAUUUCACCAACCUACCAGGUGCCUCUUCACCUCAUUAAUUGAAAAACUGAUUACAGUGAUAAUUAUGCAAUAUGACUCUAGAAAGAAGUCCUAGUAAUAGAAAGAAUUGGAUGACUCAGAGAAUAUUCAUAAAUAUACCAUAUAAAAAAUUCCUGAUUCUUUGAACCAUCAGCAUUCAUGGACAAAAGUUACCUUAAGUCUGUUAUGUUAAAGUAAACUGUACAUCUCGUUGUCAUUUUGUGAACAUGUUAUUUUUCUGAUUCGAAAUCUAUCCGGUGAUAUUUGUAAGUUAAUAUAGAAUGUAAAAAAUAUUCGAGCAUACCAUGACAUAGAGUUAGCCUUUGACUGUACUGUGAUAAAAUUAAAAGGUCUAGAAUGGGAAAGUUCUGUUAAGUUUUGAGGUAUUUGGUGAGUACCUGAAGACAUGUUAUUUUGAACAAUGCAUUGUUCUGAGGGACUGAUCACAUACAUUCAUGGUGAUAAUUAUGUAGAGAGUGUGGACUAUACUGUGAUUUGUGUGGAGAACUAGGAUUCUGGUCAACAUUGGGUUAGAUAAGAUUAUAGUAUGCCGGUAAUUUCUCAAGAAGAAGAAACACAGAAAUUGUAUAUUCUUUGUGUGUGUAUGUAACUUAUCAUUAAUGCCCAGUUGUCUCUGUAACAGUGGAUAUUUUUUAUACAUGUCAUGGUGACUUACAUGUUUCCACUGGCAUCAAAGAAUCAGCAGCAAGGGGUAGUAAUUGUAUUGUGCUGAAUUGUGUUGUAAUAUGAAAUAAUUUUUUUUUUAGGAGACCAUCCCUAAGAGCAGGUUGAGUAGGGGGUGAGAGGUCAAACUGAUAAAUAUUGAUAAUAAUAUAGGCAUUCCACAUCUAAAUUUGUGGGGGUUUGGUCAUGGAGGAAUUUUCUGUACAUUUUCAUAUAUUUUCUAAAAGGUAUGAACAAUAUUGGAUUGGAUAAAAACUUUGACAGGAUUGGUAUAGGAGAUCAGUAAGAUAAAAAUAAUACUCCUAUCAAAUAUUAUCAUCAAAUUACUAUAGAAACUGCAGUCAUUUCUCUAUCAAAUACUUUUUUUGUUACAUGAAUGUAUGCAGAUUGGUUUCCAAGUUACACCAGAAGCAAAAAAGUUGACCCCUUUGAAAAGUAGCCCAAAAUCCAAAAUUCUGGGAACGUGAACAUGAAUACAACAGUAGGUGCUGCGCCAUGUGGUUCACUGCUUACUGUAAGCAAAUGAGUCAUGUUUUAUUUUUCAGGAUAAAGUCUCACCACUGUUUGUGCAUUAUAACCAAACCCUAAAGUUACAUAUAAUAUGUAUUAUGUCAGAAUCAAAUCAUAUGUACCACAUAUGAUGUAUUGUGAAAUAUGUUUAUUUAUUUAUGAAUUUAUUUAUUAUUAUUAUUUUUUAGAUUAUAAAUCCUUCUCACUAAGACACUUUUGUCCUCGUAUGAUCCAUUUUAGUAAGUGAUUUCAAAAUAUGUUUAAAAUUUCGCUCCUAUAUGGGAUAUAUACUUAUUGAAAAAAAAUGCUGACUCAACACAGGCCCAGCUUAAAGUAACCCUCGCUACACUGCCUAGUAUUUCUUCACGGGGUUUGUAAUCAUAUGGGUAACUCUACAUUCAUAUAAAAGUGUGAAAUAGUGUAUAACUAAUUCUUUGACCUCCUGACUUGGAAACCAGCCCCCCUGAGCUUAGGGAUGGUCUCUAUAAGGGAGCUUUUCUAUUCUCUAAGUGGCUUGAAAAGAAAGGAACUUCUUGAGGAUAUAGACUCAAGUGUAACAGAGCUUACUAAAAACAAAUUUUGCUGCUUUUGAAUAAUGUUAAGAUAUUCUCGUGGAAAACUCUAUUCUCAGAGUUCUGUGCAUAAUUUCCAAUUAAAAAUAGAGCUUUAUUUUUGCUGGGAACUAACAGAAACAUUCACAAAGUAUUCUCAUAAUGAAUGUUACUUAAUUUGAUUGGUAAAUAUGUUAAAAGUUAUGUGAUGCAUGCACUCGCUUUUGUUGACUAAAAUUAACAAAUUUGGGCAAGAAUGCAAGUUAUUCGGUAUUUGAAAUUUGUCUCUAAGUUACCUUAUUCCCCCAAAAGUACUGUUAACUGCAGCUAGUAUGGAAAAGGGUUCCAGAGCUACCUGUGGUACCUCUAGUAAUAACAUUGAUAGCACUGAAGCUAUCACUGCUGAUACAUUUUCAAUUCCACUAACAUGAUUUCUCUGAUUUAUUCAUUAUUCAUAUUUACUUAUUAUUAUUCUGAUAAUAUUAUUGUAUUAUUAUGCCAUCAUUUUGGGGAGCAAUAUAUAGGGGACCUUCAUGUUGUUAUAGACGCAUUUCUUUAAUUGUUUUGCUUAGCAGUACUUUUUAGAUUUGCAGAUUAAUCAUUGGAAGGCAAUUUUGAAGUUUGCAAUAUCAGCAGUACUGCCCACCUUUGGAAAAUUGCAUUUAUUCAAGAAGGAUUUCUUGCAAAACUCAUUUUAUUUUUUUUAUUGAUCUAUAUCUUUCAGCAAGAUAUAGACUGUGAGGAUGAAGGUAAGCAUAAAAUAUUUUCUGGUAGUUACAUAUUUGGGAAAGUCAUGUAUUUCAGUCUGUUACUAUGGAUAUUAAUAAUAAUACUAUAUUUGUUUUCAUGACAGAAAAAAUAAUAAACCAACUUUUUAUUAAAAAGUGAAGUGACAAGUUUGGAAAUCAAACUAGAUAUCAUUAUUGUGUAGUUGGAAUUUAAACCUUGUUUCACUAUGUUUGAAUUUUUUAUAUUAUUAUUAUUAUCAUUAUUUUUAUUUUUGAUAAAGAACAUUAUCUUCAGUCUUAUUUUUUUCCCCAGGGAUGCAGUUUAUUAGUAUAUUAGAAUUAUUUACAUUCAGAUUUUGGAACAGAUGUUUAGCAAGGUUUGCAAACUAUGAAGCUGAAAUAGUAAAACUAAUGGUGUGUUUUGGCUGAAGACUCUCGUGCAAGCCUUACUAACAUUCUGUGGCACUUCUGAUGUACCCUCAACCAAAGGCUUUCAGAAUGUUUAGAAGUGAUACUGCAGGGGACUGUGAAACAAAGGAUUUAGGGAAAAGAGGUUUUUGCAUUUUUGAAGUCCUAGCUCUGGAUUUUUUUCUUUCAUUCUUUUUCUUUAAGGAAGGAAUAUUUCUCUUAAAGGGAUUUUGAUUAUGCUUCCAGAUAUGUGAUAUAUAUGUAUGGAAAAUUAAAUAUCUUAGUUUAAAACACAUAUAUUUAUAAGAGAAAUAUUUUCGUUUAAUAGCCAUAUAUUUGUAAAAGAAAUAUUUUAGUUUGAAAGGCAUAUAUUUCUAAAAGAAAUAUUUUAGUUUGAAAGGCAUAUAUUAGUAAAAGAAAUAUUUGAUUUUAAAAAGCAUAUCUGUUCUAGGUGAAUUCUUGGAUCAGAUUUAAAGUAUUUUCGUACCAUAUGUUGCUGAUUUGAAUACCAAAAUAUGCUUAUGUAUUCUUUUGAAAUGUCUUCCACAAUUUAUGAUAGAUUUGGCUUUCAUUGCAUAGGCAGACAUGGGGUGUAAAUUUCAAUAGGAAAUUGUUUAAGAAGAACUAAUAUUGUAAUUUACAGUAGAAGAAAGAGAACUUAUUAAAUAAUAAGUAUUUAGGAGAUUGUAAAGGAUGAAUUGCAUACAAAAAAGGUUAUAUAAUUUAGCCUAGUUUAUAUCCAUGAUACAAGAACCAUAUAUUUUCAAAUUAUUUUGUUUCUCCUACAUUGCAAAACUAGAUAACAAGGACUAUUUGCCUGGAUACCAUAAAAGGGUUAGAUUAAUUAUGCACACAUAAAUUCAAAUAUAUAAGUGCCAGUCAUUUGUGACUGCAAAUAGCCUUGUAAGUGAAAAAGAAAUUUGUUUUUGUUCAGUUGGAGAAUGUGAUUUUUGUGUUGUAGAAGUUCUCAGUAUCACCAAGGUCACUUUUUUAUCAACUGACUUUAUUUUCAUUUUCUUUAUUGUUUAAUAUAUUUCUAUAUAUUCUUCAAGUGGCAUGGCAUAGGUAGAGAAAUUAGUUUGUAUUUUUUUUUUUUUUUUUGAGCUCAGAGAAAAUGAAAAUAAUGAUUGGUGUCCUUAAUUUUUUUUUAAUGUUCUCAUUUUGUUACUUAAUUAUAGUUAUUGUAGUUGUGGUGCUGUUGUCUCGUAAAAGUUGAAAAGCGGAGAUAUACUGUAUAUGUUUUAUUUUAUUGUUGAAAUAUUAUUUUUUGUAUGAAUUAUGAAACACAUAGACUAUAUAAAGAUAAUAAAAUCUGUAAAUUUAUAAGAAAAUAAAGAUAUAUAUCCAU